AUGAUUGAGAUUGUGGCGGAGCCUACGCCUCCCACCGAGGGAAUCACGGGGGUAACCAACACCAAGGACACUGAGGACCAGCCCGAAAAUCGAUAUAUGCAAGGAUGGGCUCUCGCUUCUUUGACCUUGGCCUUUAUCGACUUCCACAGCCUCAACGAUAUCGGGUGGUAUGGCUCUUCCUAUCUGAUCACGCAGAUGGCACUAUUGCCAACCUGUGGUCGCCUGUAUGCGUUCUAUAACAUCAAGUGGGUGUACUCCAUCUCGCUUGCCGUCUUCGAACUCGGCUCCAUCAUCGCGGCCGUCGCCCCAUAUCAUAGGGCGAGCAGUAUCUGGUCUCGGUGCUGCGGGCCUGAUGAGCGGAACAACAAGUAA